AUGCAAAGCUCGCAAGACCCCGAGACGCUAAUACCAUCAGCAUGCCACCGCGUGCUCUUGACCUCCGAACUCCUGGAAGCGAUCCUUCUUUGCCUACCAGUGGAGACAAUACUCCUCAAAGCCCAGCGGAUCUCUGGAACAUUCCGGUCUGCCAUACAAGCGUCCAGGCCUCUUCGACAACACCUCUUCUUCGAACGCGACCCGGCGAGCGGCGAGGACAAGCCGCGUUUGAAUGAGGUUCUAAAGAAACGCCUCUUGACGCCCCAACGUCCGCUCUGGAAGACCAGUUCAUCCGGUGUCUGGACGAUUUUCUUCGGCGAUGCCGGUGACACGAACGCCGACCGCACUUUGCACUUGAUCGCCGCCGAUGUAAGCUGGCGCGGCGGCCAUCAGCAGGAACUGCCACCUUUCAUGCUUAAGAAACGCCGCGCUACAAAGCCACCGCCACCGCCACCGCCACCGGAAAUUGUAAUAACGUGGGGAGUCGCAGUACGAUGUAGUGGAAGGCCGGAUUGUGAGCUAUGCGCAGAGCAUCGCGCCCUCAUGGAGAGCAGUUCAAAGGACAUGUACUUAGCGCAGCCGCCGUGUUCAGUGGUCUUCAAGUUCCCGCAUAAAGGUGAGAUAGCGUAUCGUACAGCAAAGACCAUCGAGAAGGCUGGUGACGUGAUGGAGGCUUCGGAGAUUUACUUGAAGUGGUAG